GAUAAUUUCGGUAGUUGUAAAACAGAAAAUGGAGUCCGGAACUUGAGUGAAAAUCAUAGUAAUAAGAGCAUAAAAUACUGUUUUACCUUACUUCUGAUCAAGAGUUAGGUUUUAUCGAGAUCACAAAUCGAGGGGAUGGCUUCAGCAUCGCGGAAAAACCAAUUCAAAGUGGUUUUGCUAGGGGAGGGCUGCGUUGGGAAGACCUCCCUUAUGCUCCGAUACGUACAAGACAAGUUUAACGAUAAGCAUUUAACAACCCUGCAAGCGUCAUUCUUAAAUAAAAGAUUAAAUAUAGAUGGUCAAAGAGUGAACAUUGCAAUAUGGGACACAGCAGGUCAAGAAAGAUUUCAUGCUUUAGGACCAAUUUACUACAGAGAUAGUAAUGGUGCAAUUCUAGUUUAUGAUAUAACAGAUGAAGAUUCCUUUUUCAAGGUGAAAAAUUGGGUCAAGGAACUAAAGAAAAUGUUAGGGGAAGAUAUUGCACUCUGCAUUGCAGGAAACAAAAUUGACCUUGAAAAAGACAGACAUGUGGAGGCGUCAGAGGCAGAAGCGUAUGCUAAGACAGUAGGGGCAAAGCACUUCCAUACAUCAGCAAAACUUAACAAAGGUGUAGAAGAAAUGUUCUUUGAGCUUGCAAAACAGAUGUUGGAGAGACAAGAAAAAAGUGAGGGCAAUCGUGAUGGAAUACCUGACAAAGGGACUAGCAGGCGGAAGAAUGUGGUUAUAGUUGAUGAACAACCCCAGCGACAGAGCAGUGGCGGCUGUUGUGGUGGAGGGGGAUCAUAGAGCUUAUUAUGUGCAAACUGUGGUUGCAAAAUCAAUAAGUAUUCUUCCUUGUCUCUGUAAUAUAGAGCUUUAGGUAAAGUAAAGGUUAGUUUAUAAACAGUUGAUAGUGAGGGGGUAAUGUUUUGCAAGGAGGAAGUGGUCUGAAGUCAUGUUUGAUAGUCCUGAAAACUACAGAUCUUUACAAUGUGUAGUGUGGAAUUGAAUGAAUUAGUUCAGUAUUCCUUACAUCAAUUAUUUUCUCUCUCUCAGUACCAAUUGCCUGUCACUUCUAUUAAAGCUGGUAAUUAGACUUUAGCAAUGUUCCUAUGUAUGUGGCAUUUGAGUACUGUACUAUAGAUGCAGGUGUAAAUUGAUGAAAAAUAAAUAUUAACCAGUGUGAACUAAUGUAGUUCUUGAGGGGUUGAAGAAUUAGACUGAAAAGCUGUCUGUUGGCCUGUUUACUGAAAUGAUCAAAGUUGUCUAAUACAUGUAUCUGGCUCUUUUUAAAAGUGAAAAGGAAAGAUGACCACCUGAGUGUUGUGAUAUGUCACCAUGAAAUAAUUUGAGGAUGUAUGACCCAAAGAAGUGCAUUUAUCUUAUUUUAGCUUUAUGGACUCACUUAUUUAAAUAAAAGUGAUUAUCAUUGUGACAAUAUUCUUAGCUUUGUUUAAAAUGCAAUGUUAGGACAAUCUUUUUUUUAGAGCCAUGUAACUUAUGGUAACUCAAAUGACAUACCAUAAUUUUGGUUUUGAUAACAAGUGAUAAGCCUGCAGUUGUAGCCUCCAUGUCACUUUUGAGGUCUCAUGCAUUCAUAACAAAAGACCACAUUAACAUGAUUGGGCGAGGUUCAGUUGCAUGUAUUGCACAAUUAAAAGAUAUUAUGCCAAAUACAGCUGAGUUAUCAGAGGUCAGACCAGAUCUGGAUUGAAAAGGUCCUUUUGUGAAAUAUUUGAAUUCAAAGCACAGACAUCUCUCCUUAUGACUGUAUGUGAUGCCACGAUGUUUAGAAUGUGGUCAAUGAGGGCUGUCAAUGAGGGCUGCAACCUGUAACACCUGUUGCAAAAUUACAGGUAAAGAAGUCAAUUGCUGUCAGGUCACACAUGGCCAAAUUUUACACUGCUAUGGGUGAUGAUAAUCCUUCAGAACUUAUUGCUAGUCCUGCUUGCUGUCUGGCAAGAGUCUCUCUAAUUGUUGUUUUACUUGGUAAAUGUUUUCCAAGCUUAUAUGAGAGAUGUUUUUACUUUAUGAAAAAUGAAACUUAAAUAUUGGGUAAUGCUAGUUGUGCUACUUUUUAAUGCUGAAAAUGGAGUUUUUACCAAUGUAGUAACUGAGAAGUUAUUAUUAAGUUGCGUAUGCUAUCUGUGUUUAAGGAUUAUUACAUUGCUUGCUGUAAAAUCACCACAAUACUUUCUUUCCUUUUUAUAAUUUUUUUUUUUUAACUUAAGAGUCGUAAUCUAUGUUUAAUUACAACUUGCCGUUUCUAUUCAACUCAAAAACAUAGUUUUUUUUAAAUUAAAUUUUCAACUUAACUAA